AGUUUUAUAAAUUAUUUUAAUGGAAGAAUAAAUAUUGUUAAGUUAUAAGUAAUUAAAAAAGUACAAGUAAAUCUACUCUAAUUCCCUACAAACACACUAUCAACAUAUUAAAACACAUUACUUAACUCAUGUUAGGAUCAAUCCAUCAGUCAAUCAAGCAUACUUGUUCGCGUGCGCCCACACUCCACUCUAAGGCGCGGCGAACACGUUUAUAAAACUAGUUGCAUCACCGCUGCACCUCUCAUUUGUUCGACAAUAAUCUGCGCGUGCGGCCGCUACGAUGUCCAAAGACGACAUGAUACGCUCGGUUCUCUACGUAGUUAACGUGAUAUACGCUGUGUUCGGGCUGAUCACGGCCGCCACGGGAAUAUGGUUCUUUGUGCAACUAUCAGAGUUCGUCAGCCUAAGGAAUAGUAACCACUAUCUGCUGGACUAUCGUGUGUACUGGCCUCAGGUCGCGCCGUGGCUGUUUAUCCUGCUUGGACUGUUUGUGAUGCUCAUUGCAUUCUGUGGUUGGUGCGGGGCUAACAAGGAAAGUCGCGGUCUCUUAGGCAUCUAUGGAAUCUUCCUGAUUCUCAUCAUAGUUGGACAAGUGAUUGCUGCUACGUUGAUCUUCGUGUUUGUUGAUGGUGAAGACACUGACAGGUUCAUAAAGGAUACAGUAUAUGAUGGAUAUUACAACACCCAGUCGAACCCUGAUGCGUUUAAGGCGUUCGGAAGGAUUGAAAGGAAGCUGAGGUGCUGUGGCGCGAAUGACGCGAGAGAUUACAGAAGUUGGAGGAACGACUUGCCGCUCACCUGCUGCCAGGACAGUUACUACCGCGCCACUUGUGACUUUACUGAUAAAGAGGCAAACGAAAGAUUAGGAUGCGCGAAAGUGGCUUCUGUUUACACGAAAAUCAUCAGUUCUUCAGUCGCUGGAGCUUCUCUGCUUAUCUCCUUGGUGGAAAUCGUCGGCGUGGUGAUGGCUUGGAGAUUGUUCAAAUCGUUAAGAGAGGUGGAGCAUUACAUCCACGAAAGAAAGGAGGGAGAAACCGAGUGUUAGUGCCAGUAUUACCGAAUUGUGUUCGACACGACUGUAAUCGAUUACCGACUCUUUAGACAUCCUUGUUAACCAAUUGUCUAAUUAAGAUAUCUUUCACGCGUCUCGGGUCAAAGUUGGUCUGGAACGGUCAUAAUGCGCCGCUUCCUCUUUACCAACGUUGACUUCUCGAAUGACGUUACCCACCAUUAUAGUUUUAUUUAUUUGCAGUUACCAAUAUUAUAAGUUUUGUAAAAUUCGGCAGCUUAUAAUUAUGUCAGGAAUUUAUUAAGUAGUGAAUGCAUUAAGUACCCAAUUAGUUGUAAUUAGGUUAUAUCGGUAUUUCACAAUGUAUUUGUUUAGAAAACGGUAUCUAGGUCAGGCAAAA